ACUUGUUUCAUUGCUCGUUGCCUUGAGAUCUCACCUGUUCUACCUCCUUCUGCUUUUUGCUUAUUCGCUGGUGGGAAGUGGCCAAAGGAGGAAGUGCAAGAACGAGAGAAAGCAGAAGGGUUGGAAGAUGCGGGAGCUGAGUCGGAGCUGACUGGCUCCACCAAGGGGGGCCCGGGCAAAGACAAGAUGCACGGGUUCCUGUUCUUGCUCUUCCUUUUCCAGCUUGCAGGCUCAUCUGAUAUCUCGGGUCCAGAAGCAGUCAGAGGCCUGGUGGGGGGCUCACUGACGGUGCAGUGUCACUAUGUACAAACGUGGAAAAACAGCAAGAAGUGGUGGUGUCGAGGAGCCAACUGGGGAAACUGCCAUAUCCUUGUUAAAACCGAUGGGUCAGAGCAGGAGGUACAGAGAAAAAAUGUGUCCAUCAAGGACAAUCAGAAAAACCUCAUUUUCACUGUGACCAUGGAGAAGCUCAAACAAACUGAUGCAAAUAUUUACUGGUGUGGGAUUGAGAGAUAUGGAAUUGACCUUGGGGUCAAAGUCAAAGUGACCGUCCACCCAGCACCAACUACAGUGUCAACCACCAGCUCAAAUGCCCACAUGUCCACAACGCCAGCAGAGACCAAAGGCCCCUCGACUAUGACCAGCCACCACUACGAUGGCAGUGCUGACUCCAUUAACCUCAGCAUCCUGCUUCCCCUCAUCUUUGCUGUGUUGCUGCUUCUCCUGGUGGCGGCCUCACUCUUGGCUUUGAGAAUGAUGAAGCAGCAGAAGAAAGCUGCUGAGCCAUCCCCAGGGCAGGUGAUGCAGCCGCUGGAGGGGGACCUCUGCUAUGCAAACCUGACCCUACAGCCAACCGGAACCUCCCACGGCUCCUCCCAGAAGAAGGCCUGCACAAAGCCCUCCUCCUCUGCCCUGGAAAACCAGCAGGAAGUGGAUUAUGUCACCAUGGCCUCCUUUCCGAAGGAGAACAUUUCCUAUGCGGCUCUGUCUUGGGAGCUUUUGGAUCAGGAGCCAACCUACAGCAACACAGACGUCCUCGUCACCCACGUUCCCAGAAGGAACCCUGAGGAGUCCAUGGAAUAUAGCACCAUAAGGAAGCCUUAGCCUAAGCUCCAGGCCCCCCUCUCCAACCCCACACAAGGCCUGUGAACAUGUUCCUGUUUUGUCUGCUUUCUGUCCCCAGUCACUUCAUGGGGACCAAAUGGUGACUGAAGCCUUGGUCUGGUCCAGCUAGCGUCACUUCCAGUUCCAUCUGGGUUCGGGGCCUGGUCUCAAGGGACUCUAGAGAGGUAGACGGGAGUCUCUCUACAUCCUUUUUCCUCUCACAUGACUUGGGAGGGGCUUAGGGAUAGGCUCUGGAGCUGCCAAGGGAGUAAUAAAGAUAAUGAUAAUAGUAAUAAUUAACCUUUAUUUAUUGCCUACCACAUAUGGUGGGCUGAAUAAUGGCCCCCAAAGUUAUCUAUGUCCCCAUCCCCAGAACCUGGGAACAUGGCAAAGGAGCUACGUGGCUGUGUGAAGUUGAGGAUUUUGAGAUAGGGAGAGUAUUCUGGAUUAUCCAGGUAGGCCCUAAAUAUAAUCACAAGGCUCCUUGUAAGAGGGAGGCAAGAAGGUCACAAGAAGAGAAGGUGGCAGAUGACAGAAGCAGAGGUUGGAGAGAUGUGGCCAGCAGCCUCCAGGAGCCAGAAAGGGCAAGCAGUGGAUUCUCCCUUGGAGCCUCUAGAAGGAACCAGCCUGCCAACACCCUGACUUUAUAGUCCAGUGAAACAGACUUUGUAAUCCUGGCCUUCAGAAUUGUAGGAGGAUAAAUUGGCAUUGUGUUACCGGAGCCAGUAAAUGUGCGGUAAUUUGUCACGGUAGCAACAGGAAAUCCACAUGCUAUGUGGCACCUUCCCUAAAUGCUUUACCUGCAGUAACUAGUUUUGAGUCCCCACAACAACCCUAUGAGGGCUCCUUUGUUAUUGCCCCCAUUUUACUGAUGAGGAAUCAAGGUUCAGGGAGGUUCAGUGACUUACCAAGUUUUAUCGUUAGCAAGUGGAUAAGUCGAAAUUUGAACUUGGGCACUUCGGCUCCAGAGUCUGGAGUUGGGGCCACUAUCCUGCCCUGUGUCUAAGGAGGAGGGUGUGUGUGUGAGCCACUCACACAGGGACAGUUAGCGAGUAUUUACAGGUGUCGGACUUCCAGUCUCUAAUUAGAGUCCUGGCACCCCUCCCUCCAGACUAUGUCCUGAGUCCCAGCAUGGCUCGUUGUCUCCGUGGUUACCAGCCGAGUCCAAGCAACCAUCCAGUCCCCUGCCAGUCGUCCUUCUUUCCUUCUCAGCCCCAGAGUCCAUUCUCCUCCCAGCAGUCAGAGUGAUCUUUUAAUUUUAUUUAUUUAUUUUAAAAUAGUGGUUGAGCUCAUUUAUUUUUAAAAAAAAUUUUAAUGCUUAUUUAUUAAACUUUUUUUGAUGUUUAUUUAUUUUUGAGAGACAGAGAAAGAGCACAAGCAGGGGAGGGGCAGAGAGGGAGGGAGACACGAAAUCCAAAGCAGGCUCCAGGCUCUGGGCAGUCAGCACAGAACCCAAUGCGGGCUUGAACCCAUGAAUCAAGAGAUUAUGACCUGAGCCAAAGUCGAUGUCUCACUGACUGAGCCACCCAGGCACUCCAAUGCUUAUUUAUUUUUGAGAGAGAGUGUGAGCUGGGGAGGGGGAGAGAGAGAGGGAAACAGAGGAUCUGAAUCAGACUCUGCACUGUCAGGACAGAGCCCGAUGCGGGGCUCAAACUCAUGAACCAUGAGAUCAUGACCUGAACCAAAGUUGAAUGCUUAACUGACUGAGCCACCCAGGUGCCCCAGAGGGAUCUUUUUAGAGCACAGAUGUGGUCACUCACUGCUUAUUACCUUCUGGUGGCUUCUUCUGCAGCCCAGGAGGUCCAGGGGAUACAUGGGUCCCUGUCUGCCUCUAUGACCCCAGCUCCAGCCACUGUCCUUCUGACAAGAUGAAGCUUGCUGUUUUCUCAGGGCAUUGACAAUUGCUGUGUAUCUUCUUUCUGGAAUGUUCUUCCCACAGAUGUGUGACUAGUUAGCUUCUUCUUUUUUUAAAUGUUUAUUUAUGUUGAGACAGAGAGAGAGAGAAAGAGCACACUCGUGUGGGGCCGGGGGGGGGGGGGAGGGGGAAAGAGAGAGAGAUGGAGAGAGAGAGAAUCCCAACCAGGCUCUGUGCUGGGUCUUGAUCCCAUGAGCCACGAGAUCAUGACCUGAACCAAAAUCAAGAGUUGGACGCUUAACCGAGUGAGCCACCAAGGCACCCCAGACUAGUUAGCUUCUUUGUACCAUCACAUCUUAGCUCACAUUGUCCCCUCCCAGAGCAGCCUUCUCUGACCACCCUAAUGGCAGUAGUCCCUGCCACCACCCUUAAUAUCUCCCCAUUGCCCUGUUUUACCUCCUUCAUAGUGGGUACUGCUUUAUGAAAUUCAUUAUUGGCACGUGGGUUUAUUGUUUCUCCCUCUCAGCUAGGCUCUAGGCUGCCUGAGGUGAGGGUUUUGUCUCAUUUACUGCUGUAUCCCCUGUGCAUAGCAGGUCUCCUACAUGGCGGGUUCUUGAAUGUUUUUAUGUUGCCUUGAACGAAUAAAUAAUGUGAUGGUCCAGAUGUGGGAACACAGGGCAAGCUUUCAGGAGCAGGGACGCAAGUAUCUGUCAUUCUAGGAAGGGCCACCUGGGCAGCCCAAGGAAUUUCAGGAUCAAACUCCCAGAAUCAUGAAGUGGAGAGAUUUCUUUCAUCCUCCUGAAGCCAGGGGAAAGAGGAUUCCCUAUGAUUCCUCCUGACUCCAGGACAAAGGUCUAUUACUUCACUUAGGUCUCUUUUGGUGGAGGCUGGGAUGAAGCAUCAGGGAGAGGAGUCACAGCUUGGGAAGAAAUGAUGAGCUAUGCCUGGGGUUACAGGCAGUUGCCCCCACAGGUACAGGGGCCAUAGAAGUGUUUAGGGGCCGCUAUUAAUGACCUGGGGUUGCCUGACUUCCCACAACCACAGACACCCCAGGCGGUGUGGGGGGAGGUAGACUUGGUGGAUGCCCAUCCCAGCAUGUGUGGCUCUCUGCUCCUGUUCCCACUUCCUGAAAGAUGAUUGAUUCCUUAGAACCUCAAGAGCUGUUCCAUCCUGGAGAGAUUUGCAGAGCUUGGGCAAACUUAAAUAUUACUGGACUGGUCAUUGAAGCUUGUUGGGUUAGUGAGACUGUUUUUGACCCAGCCUACUUUAAUUAAUUAAUUAAUUCAGAGACAGUGCAAGUAGGGGAGGGGCAGAGAGAGAGAGGGAGACACAGAAUCCGAAGCAGGCUCUAGGCUCUGAGUUGUCAGCACAGAGCCCGACGUGGGUCUUGAACUCAUGAACUGUGAGAUCAUGACCUGAGGCAAAGUUGGACACUUAACCCACUAAGCCACCCAGGUGCCUCUGACCCAGCCAAUAUUGAGAUUUACAGAGCAGGAAGUGCCUACAGAGGGAUUUUUAAGUGGAAGAGCUCAAAGCAGAGCAAAACCAGAGUGAGUCGAAGUAUAAGAAUAACAGAGAGCCUUGGGCCAGUGCAUUUUAGCGAUUGUGCAUAACGUGGCUUUAUUGCUGAGUUUUUAGGCGGUCAGCACCUCACAGAACUUAUAAGUACAUGGUUAUUCUGGAUAGUGAGGCACUCAUCUUUUCUGGUAAUCUAUCACAGACACCAAUUAGUGUGCUGGCACUUCUGACACAAAUCUAGAAACCCAGGGAAGUUUAGAAUUCAGCUCAGUUUGAUUUGGUUGGAGGAAUCUGGUUGCUUCUGCCUUCAUCUUGACGGUAGAUAUGGGCUGGAGAUGGAAAGUUCUGGCAGCCUAGCUGAACUGAGGAAAGGUAAAUCCACUUAGAAAGACAGAUCCACUCUGAUCACUUUUAAUUGCCUUAUUCAAGCUUCUGAAAAGGUGUCUGUCAGAUAUAUUGCUGGAGAUAAUGUUUUAAUCUGAAAUUCCAGCCAUCUGGGUUGGUGGCUGUCUGAAAAGGGACCUUCUCGUGUCCUGAGAGAUGGGGUUGGCUAGCUCAUGACAUCUGGGAAAGCUGUCCUGUCCAAUCUACAUUCUGCAGCUGACUGGUGGUCCUCAUGGGAAACAUUCGGGGUCUUGGGGUUUGGGUCAUGACUGCAGGGAUCUGCCCUGCCUGCAGCCCAAUUUGUUCAAGCUUGAGCUGACGUUUAGAGAGUGCUUGGGGGAAGUACUUGGGGUGGUGGGGGGAGAGGGGAAGCAAACACAUGUAAGAGGUUUGAAAGGAAACCGUUUCAUAAUGUUUAUAGAUUGGUAUCCUGGUAUUGUCUCAGCCAUAUCCGGCUGCUCCUUAAAGAAUUUGUUAAGGCAGAUUUUGGGUGUUGGACUAGCGCCUUUACUGCAAGAGCGAAGAAGUUCAGAUAUAGUUCCUCUGGUUUGAGUGAGAGUGACAUUUGCCAUUUUUGCUGUAUGGUUUCCAGAAAAGCACAUUCUGUUAAGACAGAUUCCAAGAUAUUUAACCACUCAGCUUUGACUGAGUGCCUAAUUAUUUAUAGCAUGUUCUAAAGUUGCUGGGGUUUCCCUCUUUUGGUUUUUGAAUUAUUAAUGUUUAAAGAUGCCACAAAUUAUAGGGUUUGGACAACCUCCUUUUGAGAACUGUAUGCAUAUUACUGGCUUUCAGGAGACGCAGCCUUUUUGAGAGUCGAUUGAGAGAGAAAAAUAUACGGGGCUGGUAACUUUCAAAAUACAUGAUUGGGGGAGGGUGCCUGGGGGGCUCUGUUGAUUAAGCGUUCGUUCGACUUCGGCUCGGGUCAUAAUCUCACGGUUUGUGGGUCCGAGUACCGCAUCAGGCUUUGUGCUGACAGCUCCGAGCCUGGAGCCUGCUUUGGAUUCUGUGUCUCCCUCUCUCUCUGCCCCUCCCCUGCUUGUGCUCUGUCUCUCUCUCUCUCAAAAAUAAAUAAACAUUUAAAAAAAAACCCAAACCCCAAAAUACAUGAUUAGGGUAAGUGUUGGAUUGAAGUGACGCUGAAGCUUACCUUUGCAUGACACCUUGAAAGUAGAGUUCAUAGCCACUUAGCCUUGGAAAGGCCAGACUGCUGGAAUAAGUUGAUAUCAUGCACCAAUAAUUUUUUUUUUUAGAUUAGGAGGGACUACUAUUGUGGUCAGCCUUUUAUUUUACCAAGUAGGUACAGUCUUUUCCAAUGUAAAUGGAAUUGGUAAUUGAUCGGAUUGUUGAAACUGUUGGUUAAGUGAGGGAAUUGUAAAGAAAUAUAUGCUUCCUUUAAGGGACUUCUUUUCUACUCAAGAUAUCGAAAUGUGUAGUAAUUUACUAGUGUUCUGAUGUAGACCUAAGCUUUUUCUUUGUUUACUUGCGGGUCUCUUGAAAGAAGGGUUCAUUGCUGUUUCUGCACAAUGUGUUUCUGCCCACGUUGUACUGUCCUGGAGCCCUUGUUCCAGUUUCUCGGACAUGGAGCAAGACAUUGUAGACACUUAUGAAGCAAUCGGAUUGCGAAACCUUUCUUUGUUUUUAUGGUUUUCCUCCCAAUAUUUUAUAAUUUUCUCACUCAUUCUGAAUUUGGUGGCAUUUUUUUUUAAUGACAUGCUUUUAUUGAGUCUUUCCAAAGCAUUCAAUCUGUUAUUUUUUUAGAAAUAGCUGGGGUUUUUUGUUUUGUUUUUUUGCUCACACUCAUUUCACUGGUCAAUAUCUUUUCUGUUUACACUUUUAGUUGAUUAGUUUAUACAUAGAUUAAUUAGCUGACAUAAUUAUAACCAAUGUGUAUGAUUGACCAUGAGAUUGAAGGGUUUUGGCUAAUCUAAUCUACGGUUAACCUAAUCUUUGGUUAAGAGAGGGUUUGGUGAAGAAAGUUUCUACUAAAUCGUUAUGAUCCUAAUUUCAUAAAAGAAUGGACAUUUGAGCACCCCCAAGCCAGAAUAGUAGGAAGGUUUCCCAAGAAAGGACAAUUGAUAGCUUUCUGCCAAUAUGAUGUGUGUAAUUGCCUACAAAUUGACUGAUACUUUGUCCAGGAUGGUGCUCACAUGUGGGCUAAGGGCUGGCAGACACUGAUCUUAUUCACACUGGACAUGUUCUCUGGACAUGAACUCUCUCUGCUGCAUUCCAGGGGUUGUGGCCUAGGGUUCCCCCCAACCCCCUAGUAAUCCUACUCAUCUGAAUGCUGACUAAGGUUGUUGUUUAUGAGGGCCCCAUGGCCCUCCAUCCGUUGGGAAGAGGGCCCCUUGACUCAGUCCAAUUCCGCCUGCUCAGCACAACCCCUUUCCCAAAGCAGCCCACUGUGACCACAAACUCAUAUGGCCCUGUCUUGAGGGCGUGUGGUUCUUGCAACAAGAAAGGGUGAUUGAUGCUCACCUGCUGAAGGAAUCACUGAGGACAAGUUCAGAAUUAAGGAGGAGGUUAAGACUUUGCUCCUAAGGGUCACGAAUAGAGAAGAGACAUUCUAAACCUUUGUGUCAUAGAAUAUCUACUUCAGUAGAGAGGAGGUGUUUACUACAGGUUCCAGAAUAAAAAUUCCAUCCUGGGGGGUUUCUCCCACAUCCCUCUCCAUCACCUUCCUGUCUUCUGUGAUACAAAGCCAGAUGUCCUCAAUUCUGUUUUUUACUAGCUUAUUGCUUCAUUUUAAGUUAUAAAGUAUUUGAUGAGUCUAUAUAAUGUGUGUAUGUGUUAUAAAGGAUAAUGAAACAAACACCCAUGUACCCGCCCUCCCCCCCUACUGAAGAAAUGGUCACUCAUUAUUUGGCUUCUUUUUUUCCUUCCAAGGAGGGAAGCAAACAUACCUUACCUUAGUCCUAAGCAUUAGGUAGCUUAGGGGUCCCACACAGCCCUUGACCCGCUCUCAUUGCCUUAUGUUAAUUAGCAAGGUGGUCAGGUGAGUUGGUCUGCAUUAUGUAGUAUUCUGUACUAAACUGACAAAUUGAUGCCACUCUUCUUAUUUUAACAUUAUUUUUCUCCCCCAAUAAAACCAAUGCCCACUUGUGCCUUUAAGUUAUUUAAGAAUCUGGCAAUUGGUUUGCCAUUCUGACAGCAGCCACAUAGAAUUUCCUUCUGGCAUUCCCACGUAAGAUGCUGCCCUCUGUCAAGGGUAGUGAGGGUUUCUGUGACAAAGAGGCAAAUGUCUCAACCGCUGGUCUCAGCCAUGGUGCCCAGUGCCAGCCCACUGGUCAUUGGAAAGAGUUGCAAAAGUUCAGAUGAUGACUUCAUUUCAAAAUUUCACACAGCCUUUGCAAGAUUAAUAAUGAGCCAGAAAAGCAGAAGGACUAAACCCCAAAGACCUCGUGAUCUCCCACCAACUCCUGGCAAGUCAAAGUAGAAUGGGUGGAGAGGUAAAGUGUUUUAUCUUAAAACACAGUGAGACCUGAGAACAGAAGAAGGAGAAACAGGAGGUAAAGUGAAGGAGAGGCUUCCCCGGAGUGGUGUUGGUGUAAGUCUAGGCUUGCUUUCCUGGGGUUGCUAUCCUGCAGUUGGAUUUGGUGGAGGCAAAUCCCUAGGGGGUAAAGUUGCUUGGCUCCUUUGCCCUUGAGACCCAGUUAAUGGUUAUUCACUGCAGUAGGCCUACUUUCCAAUAGCAUCUGGGCAGGUCUGGAGGCAGAGUCUUGAAUCUGCAUUGCGAAUGAAUGUCCCCCACUGGCAUUGACUCUGCUUUAGUGUUUGUCCUGGGCCAGGCUGAAAUUGUUACCAGGGCUGCACUAGGAUGGCAGGAAGUCAGCAUCAGAAGGGGAAGCUACCAGUUCAAGCCUUCCUUUCCCUGAGAAUCCCAGGGGUCCAGGGAGGGCCAUGCCAGCAUGCUAAUGGGGAAGAAUUCAAGGUCUGGGGUUAGACACCCUGGGGAUGGGGUUCUGUCUUUUACUUGCUGAGUGGCCUUGGACAAUCAUGAAAUGUCUCUCAGGGUCCAAUGACUCCUCUGCCUAACGGAGUUUAACCAAAGUGCCACCGCCUAUGUCCUGUGAUUUCAAAGUAACCAAAGUAACCAAAGUAACCUUCUGGUUCCCACUGUGGGACCUUGGGUCCCCACCAAUAUCCCUCCAGCAGAUCCCAGCUAUCUCUGAGAAGUCUCACGGGGCUAGCACCCACAUGACCCACAGAAGUCUCCUUCAAUGCUUUAUUACAGCAAAAUGUUAGCAUUUAUUUAUUUAAAUGUUUAUGUAUUUAUUUUGAGAUAGAGAGAGAGCACGAGUGGGGAAGGAGGGGAGAGAGAGAGAGAAAGAGAGAGAGAGAGAGAGAGAGAGAAUCCCAAGCAGGCUCCAUGCUACCAGUGCAGAGCCCAGCAUGGGGCUCAAUCUCAUGAAACACAAGAUCAUGACCUGAGCAGAAAUCAAGAGCCAGAUGCUUAACCAAUUGAGCCACCCAGACGCCCCCCAAAUGUUAGCAUCUAGUAAAUAUGAAUGGUGAUACAUGGGCAUUUCCUUUUUGUUAUGAUAUUCUCUGUACCUUUUGAUAAGCUUCAACAUUUCAGAAUUAACAAAAGAUUUUCAUGUGUUCAUACAAUGGAAUACUAUGUAAGCAUUAAAACUAAUGAGGGUGAAAUGAACAACGCCCUGAACAACAGUGGGAGGGGGGGUGUUAGGAGUGCUGACUCCUGUGCAAUUGAAAAUCUGCAUAUAACUUUGACUCCCCCAAAGCUUAACUACUUAGUCUACUGUUGACUGGAAGCCUUACUGAUAGCACAGCUGAUUAACACUUAUUUUUUAUGUUAUAUGUAUUACAUACUGUAUUCUUUCAAUAAAUAAGUCAGAGAAAAGAAAAUGUUAUUAAGAAAAUCAUAAGGAAGAGGGGUGUCUUGGUGGCUCAGUUGGUUAAGUGUCCGACUUUGGCUCUGGUCAUGAUCUCACGGUUCGUGAGUUCGAGUCUUGUGUUGGGCUCUGUGCUGACAGCUCAGAGCCGAAGCCCACUUCAGACUCUGUGUCUCCCUCUCUUUCUGCCCCUCCCCCACUCAUGCUCUGCUCUCUCUGUCUCUUAAAAAUUAAUAAAUGUUAAAACAUUUUUUUAAAAAAGGAAAAUCAUAAGGAAGAGAAAUGCCAUAGUGGACUAUAUGGUAUUUAUUGAAAAAAAUCUGCAUGUUAAUGCACCCGUGCAGUUCAAACCUGCAUUGUUCAAAGGUCAAUCGUAUAUAUAUACUUUAGAGAGCAAUUCCAUUUUAAUAUAAGGUACAUGUUUUGAAACAGUGGCAUCACAGAUAAUUUUUUCUUUGUUUUGCAUUUCUCAAAUUUUGUAAUUAGACAUGUGUUAAUAAUAAUGGCUCAUGCAGUUAACCAAUAGCCACCAAUAGAAGUUGACUAUCCAACCCAGUGCUCAAGUCACAAACACAAGUCUCAUUUACUUCUUCCCCAGACCUAUGUGGGGAAGCCACCUACCCCAGUGUUCCCAAGGCUGGAACCUUGCCUGUCCACUUUUGGGUGUUCUGAUCUGCCUUCCACACCAUGCUUCCUGCUGCCCAUUACUCUUGCAGAUUGCUCUGGACCUGGGUACCACCAUUCCUCGCCAGUGAAUGUCACUGGUGACACAGUGACAGCCUUUGGGGGAGUACUGAUCACCCCUUUGCUAUUCUGCCCAGAGCAUGAGAUUAACCCUUCUCUGGCUCUUCAUGGCUCAUCAGAAACCAGUCAUGCAGUGAGACCAAAAGAAGAGGAUGCACCCAAGUCAAUAGCUCAGAACUACUGCACAGACCAGGGUUCAGACCCUCCAGGGGUUCUUACUUGACAGCGGUAAUUUACAUAAUCUGGGGUCCAGCACAAAAUGAAAAUACGGGACUCCUUGUACAAACAUAUUGAGAUGAUCUCAAGAUAGUGACAGCAGGGUAUUAAACUAAUCACAGGGCCCUUCCAAAUGUGGAGCCCCAAGUGACUGUCCAGGUGGCACACCCACAAAGCUGGCCUUGUUUGGGAGGCUUCCAUAUCACUUCUCAACUGCUUCCACGUGACCAUAGACUACUCUUGCCUUACUCCCACUGGAAAAAUUCAGGCGUCUUCACACCAACUGACCCUGGUCCCAAAACCAGGAGGAAGAACUUCCCCUCAUUCUAACCUGAGGCUUGCCUCCUGUCUCCUCAUCUGCUGUCCCUGCAUCGACCUCCUCCUGGGGUGGUUGAAAGUUGGGUCAUCUGUUUCCUCUACAGGACAGCCUACGCCCACUCAUAGGGUGAGGUCUGGCUCCACAGACCCAGUAAGCCAAUUGGUUUAUAGGGUGACAUCAGUUCAUUACCUAAGUUUGAUUGUUAAUAACCUAAGUCUGGGUAUCCAGUCUUAAAUGACACCAUGUAUGGGACACAGUCCAGUUUCAUGGGGAGAGUGACAAGUUCAGCUCAGUUCUUUUUCAGUCACUUUUCAUUAAAGAUUUGAAAAUAUUGGGACCCAGCCUUCCCCAGGAUUACCAUGGAGUCCUAAGUUGCUUUUCCAUGACUAGUCUAUAGCUAACACACCCCCAUUUUCCUUGGAAACCACUCUCUUCCACUCGUGGUCAAUAGGCCUUGGAUGGGACAGACUCCUCCAUGUGACCCAUUUCAGUCCAAUGAGCAUUAGAUAUAGGACUUCAUUGGAAACUAGUAGCUGUGAGGAUGUGACCUGCACCUGCUGACAGUCAUGUGACCCCACAAGAAACCUACCUGUGAAUAAAGCUAAGUUAGAGGGUAGAAUGUUGAUAGACAGAGACAGAUGCUGUUGUCUGAGUCCCUGGAUCCAACUAAACAGCAUCGCCAGGCUUCGCACUUACACAAACCAAUGAAUUUUCUUUUCUUGUUUAAGGUGGUUUGACUUGGGUUUUGUCACUGUCCAUCAAAAUGAUCCUGACCACAAGAGUUCUCUGUUUACAGACAACAAUGAAACCUGGGUGGCUUAUGCUCAGGGCUGUGGAAAUCAGAUGAGAUAACUUAUAUGCAGGUGUUUUGCAAACUGUAAAAGGCUAUUUGAAUGGAAUGACCAAGGAAGUACAAUUGGUGAGUGGCAUAGCCAGGACAAAACCUAGUUUUUUUUUUUGAUACCCCAAGCCCCAUUCUCUUCUUUAGCUAAUGAGCUGCCUCCUGCUCUAAGCAAAUCCGUGAGCAGGCAGGUGGUGAACAGGGCAGGGGGUGGACAGGGCAGCGAGUGGGCCAGACAAGCAGGUGGUGGUCAGGGGUUACUCUGUGUGGCCUUCUUUGUGUUUGUGGUGCUGCACUAUGAUGUCUGGAAGAGACCCUGCUCCUCAGGUAUGCGGGAGUGAGGGUCUCUGAGGGCAUGACUGCAGAGCUUACCUGACCCCUUGCCUCUGUCUGUCCCAAGACUCCCUUCAUGGACCAACCUGUCAUCCCCAGGGGUCGGUCAGAGCUCUGGCAUUUUUGAGUUUGACUGGAUGUUUAUUGGCUCAGAUGUUUGGCAAUGUUUAGGGAGGGGGUGCCAACUCUGCUGCUACCCAUCUGACUCUGCCAAGCUUGGGCCAUAGAUCUUUACUCCAGGCACUUCUCAGAGGUACACUGGGGAACCCCUCCCUGUCUUGGACAUGGACUGGAAGGGAUUCCUAUCUUUGGGGCCCCCUCCUGGAGCUUUGACAUUUAUAGCCCUUCAGAUCAGCCCCUGAGCCGGGACUCAGUACUUGGUAGUCUGAGAGAGCUGCAAGCAUUUGACCCACGGGCCGACUUUCCACCACGCGAGAACAAAGAGUCCAUGACCUUUAAAAAGUCUUCAUAGACACUGAAGUCCAUGUGUCAUAUUGGGCAAAGGUCAGAUGGGGCCUGAAUCAUCUCUGUGCCAGCCCAUUGACCCGCCCCAUCUGCCACACUCAGUUCCUUGGGGGUUGGGAAUGGGCCUUGUUCCUGGGUGCUCAGGAACACAUGAUACCCAGCAGAAGUUUGUUGAAUUCAUUCUCAAGAUUCUCAACAGUGACGUCCGGUUUCAAUGGGGGGCAUGUGGGAUGGGGCAGUGGUAGGCUAUGGAGAAAUGGCCCCAAUCACCUUUUUCUUCUUUCAUGUCCUCUCCCUUGAAGCCCAAAUCCCUAAGGUCCUGACAAGGGCACUGAGAAAGAUGGAGGCAAAGAUAUAAGAUGACAACUGUUGGUGUGUCUGAUGGGGCCUCUGGAAGAGGGAGCAUCCCUACCCCUUUGCCCCCAGUCAGGUCGAGUCCUGGGCAUUCUCAAACUCAAAGGCAAGUAGUUCCUAAAGGAGUGCAGGGAACGAGGUCUGGAGAGAACAGCAUGCCCCUUCCCCCCAUACCAGGAAUAAAUACAGCCAGGGAGGCAGGUGUCAGAGUAGAGAGGACCUGAGGAAGAAGGGGCCACAGGAGUUGCACGUUCAAGCUGUGUUCAUAGCGUCACCAGCCAUCAAACCAUAUCAGCCUGAUUUCGUUAAACACCUGAACCCUCCAAGUCUCCUUUUUUUCUGGAUUUCAUGCUUAGCAAACAAUCCCCUGAGAUAAUGUGGCUUGGCAUCUAGAACAAUACAUGAGUCUUGACGAGCCUGCCUGGAGAGAUGGAUCCACUCUUGAGUGAGUGAGCAAAAGUGGGCUCUGACCCUACAGAGCUGGGGGCUACACACUGGACCGCUGCCAACACCCUACAUGAGGACACUCUGUGACCCCCUCAGCACAGCUCUUUGCCCUCUCCUGACCCUAUCCCACUGCAUGUCCAGCUGUCUAAGGUUUGAAUCUGGGCUCUGCCACUUAUUAGCUGGGUGACCUCAGGUAAGUUUCUUGUUGUCUUUCUGCCUUGUUUACUCUUAUUUAUUUAUUUAUUUAUUUAAUGUUUAUUUUUUGAGAGAGUGCGUAUGCACACGUGUAAGUGGGGGAGGGGCAGAGAGAGAGGGAGGCACUGAUUCCAAAGCAGGCUCCAGGCUCUGAGCUCUCAGCACAGAGCCCGACGCGGGGCUCGAACCCACAAACCGUGAGAUCGUGACCUGAGCCGACGUCGGACACUUAAGCGACUGAGCCACCCAGGCUCCCCAUUGUUUCUUCAUCUAUAAAAUGGGAUUAAAAUGAGGGGUGCCUGGGUGGCUCAGUCGGUUGAGCAUCCAACUUCGGCUCAGGUCACAAUCAGGUUCCUGGGUUUGAGCCCUGCAUCGGUCUCUGUGCUGACAGCUCAGAGCCUGGAGUCUGCUUUGGAUUCUGUGUCUCCUUCUUUCUCUGCCCCUCCGUUGCCUGUGCUCUGUCUCACUCUAUCUCUCAAAAAUAAAUAAAUUUAAAAAUAAAUUUAAGAUGAGAUUAAAAUGGGGUUGCUGUAGGAUUGAAUGAUGUAAGGUCCUUAGAACAGUGCCUGGCACAUUGCUUUAUAAAGGGUCUGCUGUUAUUUAAAUUUCUACAAUUCCUACCAACUGUGACCUUGAGCAGUGACUUUAUUUUUUUCCGUCUCACCUCCAUUUCCCUAUUUAUAAUAUGGAAUUAAUAAUAACCCUUACUGGAAAAAGCAUGUGGUAAGUAUUAAGUCUCACAGCAUAUGUUAAAGUAUUUUGUAAACUAUAAAAUGCUCCACAGAUGAAUCAUGCGUUAAUUUUUAUCAUCUAUGAUUAACAAUUAUUAGUCUCACUGGGUCCCUCCAGAUGAUAGUGCAGAAGAUGAUUUUAUACUUCUCUGUUCCCAACCUAAUGACACCUGACAAGGGGAGCAGGAGAAGGGAGAAGAAUCUCAGGGAAGACUCUCCCCUACAGAGGACGAGGCUCCUGAUGGGCUGGAGGGGGGCUCUGCCUCAUCUGGGCUGAGUCUUUACCAGCAAUGCCAUUUUUUCCGAGGGUUGAGGACUUCUCAGUGUGAAGCUGGGAGGGGCUGGAAGAAGCAGGGUGCUACGUUCCUGACAGUCCCCUGGAGGUUUGCUCUGAUACAUGGCAGAUCUGCUUUAUAGUAAGCAGACUUUCUGGGAGUGGUGUGGAUGCAAAAUUCAAAUAGCAAGGGAGGAGGAGGGGGACAGGAGGAGGAAGGGGAGGGGAAAGGUUUGCUUUGCCUUUAAAAGGUCCUUAACAAAAGAGGAGGGAUAGAGACCAAGAACACAUUAUCACUGGCCCUGCCUAUACCUUGUGAAAGGAGGUGUGUGUGUGUGUGUGUGUGUGUGUGUGUGUUGGUGGCAGCUAGGGGCGGAGGACUAGUUGUUCAAGACCCUUAAAAGUAUGCCAUUUGCAGGGGCUCCUGGGUGGCUGUUGGUUGAGCGUCCGACUUCCGCUCAGGUCAUGAUCUCGCAGCUUGUGGGUUCGAGCCCUGAGUCAGGCUCUGUGAUGACAGCUCAGAGCCUGGAGCCUUCUUUGGAUUUUGUCUCCCUCUCUCUCUGCCCACCUUCCUCUCUCUCAAAAAUAAAUAAACAUUAAAAAAGUAUCCCAUUUUCAGAAACACAAAGCAUUCAAUAGCACCCUCAUGUGGAUGGAUCAAAACUGUCUGCCACUAAGCAGAAAUACAAAUAAGGAGGGAGGGAGCAGACUUUGGCAUCAGGGUCAGUGAGAUAGGAAUCAUCCGUUAGGGGAUUCUUGAGUUCUGCCUGUUCAAACGAUUAUUUUCAUAGGACCUUGUUACCUCGAGGAGCAGGGUGAGGUCUGGGGAGGUUUUGACUGGUACAGUUAGUUAAGGGUUAAGAUUUCCAGAUCUGUUGUUGGCUGUUGGCUUGGAGCUCUCACUUGGCCCCAGAAAACCUCCUCUGGUUGGCCGGUGGGAGGCAGGUCCAGGGCCACUGCGGACUGGAGAAGAACAUUACUUGAAUGCUCUGCAAGUUGGCAAAGGAGCUGUGGGCUCCAUUCUCACUUGCCGUCUCCAGGGACUGCUUCUCUUGCCUGAGAACAGGAGGCCAGAAGCAAGGAGCACACUGGGAUUCGUUUAGAGCCACUUCAGAUUUCCUGUUUAACAGUUCCCCAGCCUGGUGCUCACCUCUGGCUGUUUACUUCCAGCAAAUCUGGGUUUCCUGCCCACAAAAUGAAGGAAGUCAAAGCCACUCCCCAGAACAGCUUCUAGGAAAAAAAUGUUAGUGGACCAACACUGGUGAGUCCUAGAUAUUUUCUCACAAAAGACACCAGGAAGCCCAAAUUAGAGGGAGGAGUAGUUGGGGAGGGAGGCCUGAAGAGUUUGGAAAAUGGCUUUGAGAUAUUGGACUGAGUCACCAUCAUUUCCUGCUGAGGUUGUCCAAGAGAACCAGCCAGCACCACUCCCCAAGCCAGCUGCCUGCUCUGGGAUCUGGGCAGGACAGACAAAUUGGUCAAGGGAGUCUCAGACCCGCCAGAGAUCCUCAGUGACGUAACACACACUUCAUUUAUUUAUCUGAAAGCGGCCAGAGCCAGCAAGAGAGGAAAACAGGCAAAUGGAAACAUUCUAACAGGGAACAGUUAACUUUUACUGGCUUGUUUGUUUGUUCCUGAGCUGAGGAUGGAAAUCGGGCAGGGCUGGAGCUAGUGCUCUGGCUUUGGUUUUACUUUUUUUUUUUUAAAGAACCCCUCCCCCUCCCACCAUCGACACUACCUCAUUGAGGUACAAUGGACUCAUUUUGAAAGUAAAAUCUCCUCACCUAUGGGUACAGGUUUUCCUGUGGAAUCAGAUUCUUUUACCAUAAACAUUGUUUAAGUGAAAAAAAAAGAGAAGGAUAAGGAUAAAGGGUGUGGAAAUCACAGGAUGAACAGUAGACAAGAAAUGUAAAGGAAAACUACAAGUGAGGAGGGGGGUACUGGAGAUGACCUCUUGGCUUUCUCACUCAGCUAGAAGUGUUAGAGCAGAGUCAGAGGGAAUGGAAAUCCCUUGUAAGACACAGACGUUUUGUCCUUAUUUCCCUGAUAGUUCCAUUUUUUUCCAACAAGGACUAAGCCCUGGAUGAAUGGAUGGACAUUCCACAUCUUUCUUCCCGCUUGGUCAAUGGUCUUUCUGAGAUGCUACAGAGGAGAGUGACUUUGGCUUAGCAAUUAUUUGCCCCUCCUGGAACAAGGUUAGCAUGUGGGUGUGCAUCAGAGUGCUGGUGGUGGUGAAUUAGGAAGUGAGUCUCUUUGUCCUGAUUCACUAGCAUCUGGGGCAAAGCUCCGUGCUUCAUUUUCCUAGAGUUCAUGUUAAGGCCCUGGCACAGCAAGAAUCCAAUCCGUGGGCUGUUCCUGAGUUUCCAAGCCUCACCAUUGCUCUUGACCGCUCUCAAGACUAUACUGGUAGCACGAGAGGGCUAGGAGGUCUCUCAGUGAAAGAGAGGCAAGGUUGUUCACAUGUUUUAAAUUAUUUAGUUGCAUCAAAUAUUCAGAUUUGUGAGAAUAAUAGCAACUCUAUUUAAAAACUCCAAGCAUGUGAUGGAUGAACUCAAUGUUUCCAAGCAGUUCCCAGCUUCCAGCCCACACUCCAGGAAUAUUCUAAGAGUUACUCAGGCUCAUCUGGGUCACCCUCUAACUCUUGGGACUAGCUAAAGUGCAGGUACCAUCCAAGGCUGAUGAUAUUUGGCAUAUGUUUUCCAUAUAAGUGAAUUUUAAUGAGAGGUUUUAUUGUGCCCCAUGCUUCACCUCCCAGAGAAAGGAAAUAUUCAACCUAGAAAAUCAGGGUUGGGAUGUUCACAUGGAAGCCUUGAUGAGUGAGUGAGGUGGGUGUGUGAGCUUAAUCCCAUGGGACUGUGCCCAUGAAGAAUGUGUGUGUGUGUGUGUGUGUGUGUGUGUGUGUGUUUCUGUUUAUAGAACUGCCGUUCUUCUUACAAAGAUUCAUUAUUUUACUAUGAAGUUGCUCUGGAGCCCGAGAUAUGUGCCCUAAAAACAACCACCAUGCCAGAGAAAUACAUAUUUACAUCUACAUAUUUACAUUAUAUUAUCUAACAUCUUCCUUCAAAAGACAAUAAGCCAGGUAUUAUUAUUCCCAUUUUAUAGAUAAGAAAAGUGAGGCUCACAGAUGUCAUUCAAAGUCAUAUCAAGGCCUGUUUGAUUUCAAGCCUGGGGUUUCUAUCCACCAUACAGCAAUGUGUCUUCUCUAGCAAGUUUUAAAAACUAUCCUACAUAAAAUCUGGAAGUCCUGUCAAAACAUUAAAUGAUACUUUCCCCUCUGUAAAGGUAACUUCUGGGGAGGCGAAGGGACAGUAUGUGGAAAGGUGUGUGGGGGGGAUUCCUGGGAAGCUGGCAAGGUUCUGUCUUUUAAUCUUGGUAGUGGUUGCACAGAGGUGCUCACUUUGUGAUAAUGCAUCAGGAUGUACACAUAUGAUUUGAGGUUUUCUUGUGUUUGUUAUACUUCAAUAAAAACUUGAUCUUAAAAAUCAUUCUUUCUGGCAACUAAUGUUGGAGGGGAACUCUGCUUCCCAUGGCCAAUAUGUUCUAAUGAAUCAACAAGAAUUUCUUGGACUCUAUCAUAUAGCAAACCUAAGCAUAAUACAAGUAUGUUUAUUCCCUGCCCUUUUACGUAAAGGUUCUUAGGUGGAUCACAUUAAAAAAUCAUUCACAAUAAUAAAAUCACAUUAGGAGGAGGUGAUCAGCAUUAUAUGAAAAGGAAACUUUCUAUACAUACAUUACUCUGUCGGUUACCGGAAGGUUUGAGUGCAGCUUCUGCUGUCAAGAUGCUCACAAUCAAGCUGAAGAAACCAAGCAUUCACAAGUACUAAGUAGACAUUUGUCUUCAAAUAUAUUGGAAGUUGUCAGAACAGGCUCUCUCCCAAUUCGGUGGUAAAUAAACCCAAAGGAAGUGAAGUUCUUGUGGGCUACAUCCUAUAUUUCAUAUGUGGGUAAUUGAGGUGGAAAAAGUCACACUAAUCAAUAAUUUGACAACUUUGACUUCCAAAUCUUAAAGCACCAACAUGAGUAUUUACAUCUUUAUAAGAUGUUUUAAACUUCGAGAGACUCAUAUAUCUAAUUACCAGGAUGCUAUUGUAAUUGAUUUGUAAUUAUGUGCCUUUGCUUGAAUGCACAUUCUACUGAGGCUAGAUUCACAACCUCAAAGAAUUACAUCUUACUCUAGUUUACUUCAGACUGUAACUGUUUUAAAACUUCCUGGCUGGGGUAGUUGUUAUACAUUUCUCUCUUUCUCUAUACGUUUAGGGGUUCAGGGAUCUGGAGGGAGAAGUCACGUGGACUAUUUAAAUUUACAGAUGCACUUCUGUUAGUUGAUUUUCCUUCACUUGUGUCAGAAAUAGCCAGUGCGGGGGCACCUGGGUGGCUCAGUUGGUUAAGCGUCUGACUUUCGCUCAGGUCAUGAUUUUGUGGUUUGUGAGUUCAAGCACUGUAUCAGGCUCUGCGCUGAUAGCUCAGAGCCUGGAGCCUGCUUCAGAUUCUGUCUCUCUCUCUCUCUCUUUCUGCCCCUCCCUUGCUCACACUCUCUCUUUCUCUCAAGAAUAAAUAAACAUGAAAAAAAGUAAAUAGCCAGUGUGAUGCAGGCCCAUUCGUCUGAAACUUUAGUGUGCAUAUUUAUUUCCUAAGGAUUGUUUUAAAAUACAAAUUCAAAUAGUAGGUCUUGGGUGGGGCCUGAGAUUUCCCAUUUUUAACAAGCUCCCAAGUAAGGCCAGUGCUGCUGGCCUGUGGACCACACUUGUACAGAGAAAAAGGUAUUAGACUUGGAGUCAUGGUUCCUGGCUUUUAGUACAAGUUCUGCCAUUUACCACCUUAUUUUCUUGCACAAGUCACUUUAUCUCUCCGGACUUUAGUUUCCUCAAAUAUAAACUGUGUAACAGGGGAAUAGAGUGGAUUGGAUUAUUUUAGAGCUUGCAUUCAUGGAAUUUUUAUUAUUUGUUUAUUUAAAAUUUAUUUAUUUACUUAAAUAAUCUCUACACACAAUGUAGGGCUCAAACUCAUGACCUUGAGAUCAAGAGUCACAUGCUCUCCUGACUGAGCCAGCCAGUGCCCCACAUUCAUGAAAUUUUUAAAGUGAUAUUUUGAUUUAAAUAAUCUCCGAGUGUAGGACCUAUAACCUCCGAGUAUAGGACCUUAGUCAGGAGACUAAGAGAUAAAUUGGUAUCAGCAAAGUAGGAAGCUCAAUGAGGAAGGCAGAGAAAAGGAUGAGGCAAUAAUGACUUCUUGUGGCAAAUAUAGGCUCUGAUUCUUUCAAGGUGAUGGAUUUUGGAUUAAAAGACUUGCCUAGAGAGAGGCUGCUACGUUUCCCCAGCGAUCACUCUGAGAGGAAACCUACAUUAUUGGGGAUUGAGUUGCAUAAGAAAUUUGAAUGAGGGAAGCAAGGGAUGAGUUACAGCUUUGAAACAAGCAAAUGCUUUCCGGUGGGCUAAGAGCAAGUUGUGGCCGGAGGGCAGCUUUCUGGAGCCAGGAGGGAGUCUAAUUCCUGCUGUAGAUCAUUUCUAUGUGUGAUUGCACCCAAGUUGGCCAGGAAUUCAGGUCUGUGACCACAACUCCCAGACAUAACAGGGCCGGAGCUUGUGAAGGAAGGGUGAGAGGACAAACAGCCAACCAGAAGGGUCACGGACGGGCAAGGGUGCUCAGGGUACACAGGAGUUCAAAUGGAUCUGAGGCAGGAGGAAGUGAGUGAGAAAGGGACACAGGUGACUUAAAUAAAUGAACAGAGAUCCUGACAAUCUGAGGCGUCGGCCCCUCCCCCAGUGUUUACGCAAGCCUGUUUUGAGCAGCAAACAGGAUCCAACAGAAGGGGCUCCCAGAUAUGGACUGGUUUCUCUUUAAGUCCCAAAGCCAAGUCAGGGGAGUGGAGAGAACUCUUGCUGAUGGCGCCCUCUCCCAGCGUUGGGAUGGGGGCAGGGGACUGCCGGAGAUCUUACCUUAUGAAGGACGUGCUCAUUGAAGCUAGCUCCCCACUGGUAGGAGUCCAGUCUCUGCUGGUCCAUGCCCGGCGUGGAGCCCACUGCUUCUCGCCUUCCAGCGCUCUGCGUCAGCGCUCCCAAAAGCUCGGUCCGGGCUCCGCUGGGUGCGGCAGGCUCGGGUCUAGCCCCGCGGGCCCAGCCGCAUCCGGGUUCAGCACUGGACAGCUCUCACAGAGGUUGCGGCGCUGUACCGGGGACGCGGUGGGGGGUGGGCAGGCAGGCGGCGGUUCCCCUUCGCAACAGCGGCGUUUCAGCACCAGGAACAGCGAUACCGUCUCCCCGCGCCCGGGACCGGAGUUCUGAGAUCCCGUCCGCCCAGAAUCCCCCGUCUUGUGACUCCAGGGUGCUGGCAGAGAUACAAGAUUUCAGUCUAGCUGGUGGUCCGUGUGUAUCUGGUUCAGCUACCAGACUUCGGAGGCUCAGCGUCUGCUGCGUUCCCAGGGCAUUGCGGUCCCAGGAGCUCACUCUUCCUGAUUCUCAGUGAGCGAGCAUCCCCGUCAUACCACGCAGCUCAGCUCUCCUCCCGUGUUUGCAGGGGCGAAGUCCUGCGGUGCUGGCGCAGCUUCUGUUUUGGUCCCGGACAGCUCCCUCCAGUAUGUAUUGAGGUUCAUAGACGAUGGGCCAUGAGUGUCCUUGAAGUCCUGAAUUAUUUUGCAAAAUUCUGCUUACCCGCAUUUUCCCAGGGAGAGGGUCCAGAGCUUUAAUUACACUCUCUAGCGUGCACUUGACCCACAAAAGGUAGGAACAGUUGGCUCAGGAAAGGCAGACUGGUGGCUUAAUUAAGAGUACAGGCUCCAGAGUUCAAAUCUGGGCUCUGAAAAUUGUUAGUUGUAUAACCUUGAGCAAGUUACUUAACCUUCCCCAAGUGUUCACAAAAUAGAGAUAAUAAUAGUACCUACUCUCUGGUGGUAUUCUGAGGAUUUAGUAAGUUAAUUCAUGUAAAUAGCCUUAAAUGGUGCCUGACAUAUAUUAAAAACAUAAAGAAUGUUAACUAUUAUGCUCUGUGAGCAGGGAGAUGAGAAGCUCUGGUUACCUCAUGUAAACACCAGGGGAGGCCUUCUGUUGGGACCUUCCAUUUGCAGUUACAUCACUAUCUGGAAGAGGAGAGCAUAGGACUGGGCACCCUGGGAAUUGGGGGCUGAGAUUUUGGCUCUGGGUGUUGUCCUCCUAUGAUGACCCUGGUGUUCAUCAGGUGGCUAUCACUAGGCACAAGUCCUAUUACCAUUGGCCAUUGGUCAAUAUGGAGGGAAAGGGCCAGGUCUAACGUUAAAAGGGUGUGUUUUACUCCUGGAUUUCAGCUUCUUUUUGGCUAAUGGCCAAAAUGUACAUGAAAAUGUACACGAAAAUUUUUCUUUUUUUUAAACCAUAAAUCAAAUUUCAUUUAUAAAGUGUUAUUAUUACUGAAGUCUGUAGAUACUCAGUGAGUAAUGAUUAAAUGAAUAAAGGCAGGGAACUGGUGUGUUUGUGUGUAUGAGAUUCUCAUUAGGCCUACUAUUGGGGUUCUUAGACUGAGGUGAAUAGAUAGACUUUAGGGAAUUGUGAACGUUUGAAAACAUUGUCAGAAGUUUUACUUAUAUGCAUUUUUUUCUGGGGAGAAGUCCCAUAGAUUUCAUUAUGUUCCCUAAGUUGUCUAUUCAAAAAACUUAAGGACUAAUAGCUUGGAGAAGAUCUCAUCACAACUUUCUCUUGGGUUUCCUCACCAUCCAUGACUGUCAUAGAUAAGAAGGUUCCAGAAGCCAAUGGUAGCUUUCCCUGGAGCCUCACAUUCCUGGGAAGUUUUACCUUUCUCAGGGUCUGCUUCUGAGCUCAGAGGAUUCAGAAACACGAUUUCAUCUGUUUUCUCAAAGGUUAUUAAUAGCACAUAUUAUAGAGGAUCCAAAAUGAUCUGGAGUUGAUGACAGAAGACUUCCCUGAGAAAUGAUAUUUAAGCUGAUAUCUGAAGAAAGAGUGAGCAUCAGUCAAAUGAAGGGAAUGAUAGUGUGACUCUAGGAAGAUAGAUCAGCAUGUACAAAACCAAAAGGAGCUGAAAAAAGACUAGCCUGACUGGAGCUACAGUGGUUGAGGAGAAGGAUGAUGGGAGAAAUGUCUAGAGAGGUAGGUAAGGACAAGAUCAUGUGGGCUAUGUUAAGGGUUUUGGACUCUAUUUUAAGAGCAAUAUGAAGCCAUUGAAGAACUUUAAGUAGGGGAGUGACAUGGUCAGACUUGGAAUUUAAAGAUACUAUUCUGGUUGCUGUGUGGGCUAAGAGCCAAGAACAAAUUUGCUCAUUUUUUCUUAUUGAUUUAUAAAAUCUCUUUAUAUAUUAAGGACAUUAAUCUCUUCUGUCCUACAUAUUUUAUAAUUUUCUACAGAUUUUUUCAAUUAUUAACUUUAUGCUUUUGUCAUACUAUAUUAAAGUUUUUAAUUUCUAAGUUUUGAGUGAACAAUGCUUAGGCAUUAGCCAGGCAGAGGAUAACAGAAAGCAUAUUGUUGAGCAAAUAAUAACAGUAAAGGAAAAUAAUCACUAUAUUUUACACUUGAAACUAAUAUAACACUGUAUGUUAACUGUACUAGAAUAAAAUAAAAAACUAAAAAAAAGUGAAGAAAAAUAGAUAUUCUUUAAGGAAUGUGUCCAUUAAAAUGUAAUAGGAAAAAGAUCAAUUUUCUUCAUUCUAGGGCUAUUUAUGUUCAAAUAACUAAUACUGUUUAAAUUUUUUUUAACGUUUAUUUAUUUCUGAGAGACAGAGACAGCAAGAGUGGGGGAGGAGCAGAGAGAGAGGGAGACACAGAAUCUGAAGCAGGCUCCAGGCUCUGAGCUGUCAGCACAGAGCCUGACGUGGGGCUCGAACUCACAAACCAUGAGAUCAUGACCUGAGCCAAAGUCGGAGGCUUAACUGACUGAGCCACCCAGGCGCCCCUGAAAUAACUACUACUACUACUCAUUUAAAAUGACAUACCUUGUGUGAUUUCUAUUCUUUUAAAUUUGCUAAGGUGUGUUUUAUGAUCUAUCUUGGGGAAUGUUUCAGGUGAACUUGAGAAGAAUGUGUAUUUUGUUGUCGGAUGGAGUAUAACAAUCAGAUCAAGUGGAUUGAUAGUGCUCUUCAAGUCAACUAUAUCUUUAUUGAUUUUUGGCAUGCUAGAUGUAUCAGUUAGUGACAGAGGGUUUUGAAGUCUCCAACCAUAAUUGUGGAUUCGUCUUUUUCUCUGUUUUGUUCUGGUUUUGCUUUGUGUAUUUUGACACUGUUUUUUAGAUGCAAACACAUUUUUUUUGAGAAUUGACUCCUUUUCAUUGUGUAGUGCCCCCUUUAUUAGUGAUAAUUUUCUUUUCUGAAGUCCUCUUUGUCUGAAAUUAAAAUAGCUACUUCAGCUUUCUUUUGAUCAGUGUUAGCAUGGAAUAACUUCCUCCAUUCCUUUACUUUUAAGCUGUUGGUGUCUUUAUAUUUAAAAUGGGUUUUUGUACUUAAUAGAAACCCAUGGGGGAGAGGAAGGAAGAAGAAGAAGAAAAAAAAGAGGUUAGAGUGGGAGAGAGCCAAAGCAUAAGAGACUCUUAAAAACUGAGAACAAACUGAGGGUUGAUGGGGGGUGGGAGGGAGGGGAGGGUGGGUGAUGGGUAUUGAGGAGGGCACCUUUUGGGAUGAGCACCGGGUGUUGUAUGGAAACCAAUUUGACAAUAAAUUUCAUAUAUUGAAAAAAAAAUAAAAAAAAAUAAAAUGGGUUUUUGUAGACAACAUGUAGUUGUCUUUUUUUUUAAAAAAUCCACUCUGACAAUCUCUUUUAAUUGGCUUAUUAAGCCAUUCAUAUUUAGAGUGAUUAUUGAUAUAUUUGGAUUAGUGUCAGUCAUGUUUGCAAUUGUAUUUUAUUCAUUGCCAAGUGCCUCUUCCUUCGGCAUUCUCUGGUUUUAAAUGAGCAAUUUGUGUAAUUCCAUUUAUCUCCUUUCUUGGCACAACAAUAAAAAAAUUCUUCUUUAAAAUCUUUUAAGUGGUUGUCUUAGAGUUAACAGUAUAUAUUUUUAACUAAACUAAAUCCACCUUCAAAUGAUGACAUUCCUGGUUCACGUGCAGUGUAGGUACCUUAAAAACAGUAUUCCCAAUUUCUCCCUCUCACCCUUUGUGACAUUGCUGUUAUUCAUUUCACUUAUCCAUAUGCCAUAAUCAUUAAAUACAUUGUUGCUAUUGUUACUUUCAAGUUAUCCUUCAGAAAGAUUAAGAAUAAGAAAGAUAAGCUUUUAUCUUACCAUCAUUUAUUAGCACCCCACCCUUCCUUUCACUUCUUUUCCUCUUUAUCUCCCAACCUCUAUCAGAUAUACUUUUUAAAAAUAAACACUUUGUUUUAGAAUUAUUUUAUAUUUACAGAGGAGUUGCAUAAAUAGUGUAGAGAAUUAUUGUACAUCCACACCCAGGUUACCCUACUAUUAACAUUUUUACAUUUGUCACAACUAUAAACCAAUGUUGGUAUAUUAUUAUCAACUAAAAUCCAUACUUUAUUUGUAUUUUCCCAGGACCCAAUCCAAAAUAUCACAUUACAUUUAAGUGUUAUGCUUCCUUAGGCUUCUUAAGACUAUGAACAAUUUUCAGACUUUCUUUGUUUUUGAUUACCUUGAUAGGCUUAAGGAGUACUGGUCAGGUAUUUUGUAAAAUGUCCUUCGAUUUGGAUUUGGCUGAUGUUUUUCCCUUGGUUAGACCAAGGUUCUGUGUUUUUUGAAAGUAAGACCAUGGAGGUAAAGUUUCAUUAUCAACACAUCAUAUCAACAGGUUGUGUUAUAAGUAAGACUUAUCACUGAUGAUGUUAAUUAACCUGGAUCACCUCACUAAGGUAGUGUUUGUUGGGUUUAUCCACUGAACAUUUAUCCCUCUUUGACAUCCUUUGUUUUGUUUUGAACACUUCUUUCUUUCUGGAACUAGGAUUUUAGGAUUCUAGCUCUGGGGUUAUCUUGUUGAUUCUGUCCUCUUGGAAUUAGUAAUUUCUUCAAGAAGCCCUGGUUCCUUUUAUUGGCAAGUGGUAUCAGGAACCAAGAUCGGGGUACUUGACAUGUUUGUUGCUACUGGGGUAUUGUCAGGUAUACUUUUAUUUUCAAAGUUUUCCAAUGAAUAGAAAUCACAUUUUAAAUGUUAUCAUAGUUAUAUAAUGUGUAAUUAUCAUCUUCUGUAAUUUUUACAGGUUUAUUCUAAAAUGUGAACACCUUCCCAAGCCUCCAGGAUUUAAACUGCUAUCAUUAAGCAAACACAGUUUAUGUGCAGGGCUAAAUAGCCAGCAACUAUCAACCAUGGGACAAACUGAACAUCCAGGCAGGCACAGCCCCGCUACUGAGUUCAAAGCUCUUUGCAGCUCACGUUCUCCAUCUUGUGGACAUUUAUCCCUGGCAGAGUCUCAGAAGUUGGUAACUGUGUGUUGGAGAACUACUAAGCUCAUAGUCCAGGGAGGUGAGCUUCUUUGCCCAAUAUGCAGGGAAGCUCAGGCAAAAUGAGAAAGUCAGCAAACUACUUGUAUUCUUCUUAGCCACCCCUUAUGCUUUAUCUCCUCUCUGUGGAGCUUAAACCCUUUUCCACAUAAGAAAAAAAUGAUUUUUUCCAUAGUCAGCAGCAGCAGGUGUGUGUGUGUGUGUGUGCACCUGUGUGUGUGCACCUGUGUGUGUGCACCUGUGUGUGUGCGUGGGUGUGCAUGUGCAUCUCUGUGUAGGAGGUAUCAUAUUUUUGAGGAUCUGUCUGCUGGAAUCACAGCCCGCUUGGCCAUGAUCCUAUUCUGGCAGGCCCUCUUACAUAGCCUGCCACCUGCUUGCAGGGAUCAGUGUAUUCAGUUUCAGGUAUUUUCCAGAAGAGGCAGAAGAUACUCUGGGCACAGACCUGAGCAUCAAAACUUGGAAAAGAGAAUUGAAUCCUUCCUUCCAAGAUCUGAUAAUGCAAGGAUACUAAACCUUUUAUGCAUCUGUUAGCCAAAUUUUUCUUUAUUUUCUUUCUUUCUUUCUUUCUUUCUUUCUUUCUUUCUUUCUUUCUUAUUUGAGAGGGAGAGGGAGAGAGAGAGAUUCUUAAGUAGGCUCCAUGCUCAGCACAGAGCUGACACAGGGCUCUAUCCCACAACCCUGGGAUCAUGACCUGGGUCAUGGAUGCUCAACUGACUGAACUACCCAGGUACCCUGCCAAUGUUUUCUUUAAAUUGGACCUUAGGGUGCACAGAAUUGGAAUAAUCAAAAUAAUUGAACUCUGACACACUCAUCACACUCAUCCUUAAAUGGUCCUUCCUUCCCUUCCCUCCCUCCCUCCUUCCCUUCCUUCUAAUGUAAUAAGAACCUAAAGCAAAAGCUAGGGCCAUCACAAUAACCUACAUUUAACCAUAUUUCCACCCCUCACCCCACCCAUCCCUCCUUCUGAGGUUGUGAUCAUCCUGAUUCCUAUGUCCAUCACUCCUAUCUUUUUAUGUAGUUUUGUUGCAUCUAAAAAUACAUUGCAUUUCUAAAAAUACAUCUUGUAUUUUAGGGUUUUUUUUGACUUAAAAUUAUAUUGCUAUAAUUGUUUUUGCAUGUUGCUGUAGGUUGUUGUUUUGAGUGCUGUGUAUGUUUGGUUGAGUAAAUGGAUCACAAAUUUUUCAUUUGUUCUCUCACUGCAGGGGGCACCUGGUUUUUAUCUGCUGUGAACAGCACUGUUGUGAGCUUUCUCUUACAUGUCUUUGGUGCAUGCAUGAAUGUUUGUCUUUAUUUCUCUGUCUUCAAAGCAUUUAUUCAAACUCCCUGCAUGUGCUGUCCUGGUCUUGGUGGAGAGUGUGGCAUACCUCAUGUCAAACCAUACUGGGGAAUGGGGUGCCUGGCUGGCUCAGUCGGUAGGGCAUAUGAAUCUUCACCUUGGGGUGGUGGGUUUGAGCCCCACAUUGGGAAUACAGAUUACUUAAAAUUAUAAACUAGUUAAAACAACAAAUUGGUUCUUAAAAAAAGCAUGUUAGGGGAUAAGGCUGCAAGGCAUUCUGAUGGAAAGAGACGUGACAUGUUGAAACAAACCAGGGAUUUUGGUUCAAAUCGACCUGAUUUAAGGUCCACCUGGGCCACUUACCAGGUCUAUGUAUUGGGCAAUUUCUUGACAUCUUUGAGUCUCAGUGUUGUCAUUUUUAAAAAACGUUUCUUUGUUUUGAGAGAGAAAGAGUGUGCAUGCACAUGCAUGCACAAAUGAGGAUGGGGCAGAGAGAGAGGGAAAGAGAAUCUCAAGCAGGUUCCUUGCUGUCAGCAUGGGGUCUGAUGUGGGGCUUGAUCUCAUGAACUGUGAACCAAAAGCAAGAGACAGGCACACAACUGGCUGAGCCACCCAGGCGUCCCUCAGUUUUGUCAUUUUUUAAAACUAUUUUUUAAUGUUUUUAUUUAUUUUUGAGAGAGAGAGACAGAGAGAGCAAAUGAGGAGGGGCAGAGAGAAAGGGGGAUAGAGGGUCCAAAGCGGGCUCUGUGCUGAUAGCAGAGAGCCCAGUGUGGGGCCUGAACUCACAAACCACGAGAUCAUGACCUGAGCUGAAGUUGGACGCUUAACCGACUGAGCCACCAGGAACUCCUCAGUUUUGUCAUUUUUAAAAUGGGAAGGAAUUAUACCUCCUGACAGGGUUGUGAGGAAUAAAUGGGCAAAAGGAUGUUUGGCAUCUAGUUGGUGCUCAAUCCAUGGGAGCUGCUAUUAACCUGAGGUGUAAUGUGAGCUCCUUGCACAGGCUGAGUGUCCAUUCGGCAGGGAUACUGUAGAGGAGACUCAAAUACUAGAUUCGGAGGGAAGUGGUCUAGGAAUAUUUCCCAAUAGAGACUUCAGAUGGGUUCCUUCAAAAAUGGGGAGGUUGGGUGUCCUUAUCAAAAAUAUAGAUUUCCCCUGACUUUCUGAAUGAGAAUCUCUUGGGGUGACACUUGGGAAUUUGCAUGACUAUAAUGUUCUGUGGGUGACUCUGACAUGAAGACAAGUUUAGGAACUACUGGAUUAGUGGCUUCUAACAUCCCUUUUAAUUUUGUGCUUUGAGUAACUGUUCAGAAAGGGCUUCACUUCCCCAAGAGAGGUUAGGAGAACUGUGGAGCAGUAGGAGGAUACUGAAUGGAAUUAAGAAGAGCAUCUAGAUUUCUUAGGAAAGGAGGGAGGGCAUGACCCAGAUGGCCACAUGAGGUCACUCUAGGGAGCACCUUUUGUAUAGAAUACAGUGAGAAUGACCCCCAGUCCCUCGGAGCUCAGCAUGGUGCUCUAUAAGAUGAGUCCUCCUGAAACAGUGCAACAUAUUCCUAUGUUUCUACUUAGGAAGAAUGUGUACUUAUAUUCUUUUUCUCUAGAGCUAGACUAACUGGCUUUGAAUCUUGAUCCAUCCCUUACUGUUGUGUGACUUUGGGCAUGUCACUACAACUUCUCUGUGACUCAGUUACCCCAUCUGUAAGAUAUGGAUGAUAAUAUAUAUACCACACAGGGCUGUUGUAAGGAUAAAGUGGGUUAAUAUAUAAGACUUAAUAAAAAAGCUUCUGUAGUGUAUUGCACUUAGAAAGUGAAAGGUUGGUGUUACUUCCAUCAUCAUCAUCAUCAUCAUCAUCACUAUUCUGCCAUACAUUUCACUUAUAGGAUUCUAUGAAUCUAAAAUGAAUCUAAAAUGCAUCUAAAAAUGCAACCAGUUCUGGGGUGUCGGGAUGGCUCAGUCAGUUGAGUGCUGACUUUGGCUCAGGUCAUGAUCUCGUGGUUUGUGGGUUCAAGCCCUAGGUCAGGCUCUGUGCUGACAGCUAGGAGCCUGGAGCCUGUUUUGGCUUCUGUGUCUCCCUCUCUCUCUUUGCCCAUCCCCUACUCACGCUCUCUCUCUCUCUCUCUUCUCUCAAAAAUAAAAUAAACAUUAAGAAAACAUUUAAAUGCAACCAGUCCUGUUUAGAAAAUAAUAAAAGAAGGAUUGCUAUUAUUUUCCUUUCCCUACUACUUUGAGCAAGGAAAGAUAGUAUUCCUGAGUAAAAUAUAAAUGUGAAAAGGAUUGCUAGUUAAUCCCCAAAUAUUUGUUCUUUCCUGGUUUUACAGUAAUGGAAGUUUUAGCUAGGCACAUGGUUAAGGAGUAAAAAAAACACAAAACAUUUCCUAGCCUCCUUGCAAGUCGGUGAGGUGACAUAACUAAGUCCUGGCCAAGAGGAUGAGUGGAAGCCACAUUUCUAACUUCUGAGUCAUGCCCUUAAGAAGAAAGGAGCAAGCCCUCUCCUUCCCUCCUUCUCUUCCUUUUCCUGGGAAGUGGAGGUGGUGGAGGAAGGUGAAGCAUCCACCUUAGACCUUGAGAUGGAAGCCAGGUCCUGAAGAUCAUGGAGUCAUGGGUGAGAAGGGCCCUAAGAUCCAUGGAGCUGCCAUGUCAGUUUUGGACUGUUUACCUUUGGGUAUUAUAAGAAAGAUGAAUGCACAUUUCUGUCUUGUGUAUGUUAUUGUUACAUUGGCUUUUAAUACAAUACCUGAAUUGGUAUUCUACAUAAUGUAGUUGUUAUGUAUAUAAAAAGUAAACAUUCUACCAGGUGGUCAAAAGAGCAAAGGAGUAGGUAAGGAGAGGAGGAAAAAUACUUAUUUGAGUGAUGUAAAGAUAGAAAUAUGGGGAUGAAAAAAUGGGAACAGGUCUAGGGUGAGGCAAGAGAGGUGGCUAGGGACAGUCACUCUCAGGGUCAUUCAAGAUUUCUUAAAUUUUGUGCCCUGGGUGCCUCUCUUAUAGUCUUAACCAUGGAAAGAAAAGAGAUAGGGAAUAGAGGGAUCAGAACUGAGAAGAGGGAUGAUCAUAACAUGGAAAGAGAGGAGAGAGUGGGGUGAGCUGGGUGGAGAGGAAUUACAGGAGAAAGAAGGUAGAGAGGAAAGGGCAAAAGGAAGGAGUAAGGGUGCUCUUCAACUUGGUUGAAGUUGAACCAAUCUUCAACUGGUUCAACAUGGAAGUUUUUAAUUCAGAGAGAGUAUACCUUUACACUUGAUAUUUUAAAAGUGGGAACAGAUAGAAGGUCUUAUUUCAUCUACCAGCUCUAAAAAUUAGGGAUGGACAGGGAGGAAAACACUGUUGAAAAAACUAAACAAGGAGGAUGUGACAAAGGACGGGGAUGUGUGACAGUCAGGUGAAUGUCAGCAAGCUGACACCUCACAGCCAAAUUUGAAGUGAGGUUACAGGGCAUUGGUUGUGGCUGAGUGAGAGGCGAACCUAUUUUUAUGAGAUAUCUGAGGAGGGAACUUAGGUCACACAUUCUUCCCAUUUACAGGAGGCAAAUGCAUGUGUCAGUGCUUUUGUGUUUUGUCCUGUCCUCUAUUGCACCACAGUGUGCCAGGUGAUCAAUGGCUGUGAGACACAUUAAAUAAGGUCAGCCUGGAAAAAUCCCCAGAUUCUAGCACUGCCUAUGUUUGAUAUAUAUCCAGUCAUCACAUGACCUCAUUGUCUGCCUUGAAGUUUUCCUAUAGCUCAAGGCAUGGAGAAGGGGAGAUCCAGGCUUCAGGGAUGGGUCAUGGGGUUAGAGGGCAGCCCACUGGAUAUUGCAGUUCUCUGGAAUUGCUGUUUGGUCCACAGUUAAUGGUUGUGCCCAAAAACAUAAUUUAAAGAAGGCUUUGUUUCCUUCAGAGAGAUGCGAGAGAGUCUUGGUAGGAAUGAAGGUAGAUGGUAGUAGACAUAGGAGAAGAGACCAUUUUUUCCUUAGGGAAAGGCCCUAAGAAAGGGGCCUUACUCUGAUAUCUCUUUCCACACUGAGAUUCUUCCAGUAGUAAAGCUCUGUGUUUAUCUUAUCACUGUGUUCUUGAGCACCUGCUGUGCUCAAGGAGCUAUAUGGUAUGGAGUCAUUUGUCUACAAGCCCUACCUGCCUCAGUAGAUUGUUGACUCCUUGAGAGCAAUACCCAUGCUGGCUUCUUCAUUGCCUCCAUCAAAGCACUCAGAUGUGCCUUAUUUAUCCUUUGGAUAAAUAAUGAUUAAAUAAGAUGCAAUGACAAGGCACAGGCAACAAGUACUUUUGGUAUGUGUUGAGAAUCCAUCCUGGACACAGAACUUGGUUUGGGCUGUAAAGAAGGCUUCUUGGGUAUUUUUGUUUAUCAUGGAAGUGUUGGCUUUUGUUUUCCCUCUUAUCUCCAGAGACGCUGUCAGCCUCAUGAGACUAAAUCAUCAAUCAACAUUUACUCUCCAGAUACUGUCCUUUGCCAGACACACAGGAUGCACUUAAUCAACCUCUUCAUUUAGUUUAUGUUUCAGGUAGAAGCAAGAUGAGAAAGAUUUCCCCCAUCUAUCAAUUCCUGCUUCUACUUCUGAUUUCCAUUUGGAAAAACAACUCUCAACUCAAAAAUAAGCAUAUUUAAGGAUUAUUUUCUUGGAAUCUUGGGGAUGAAAGGAUAUUAAGAAAUUAGGUGUUCUAAGGAAAAUGGUCAUGAUGGAAAAAAAGAGACAAUUUGUAUAAUAGGAUCUCAAUUUCAGAAAAAUAAUAUACAUCUAGAAUAAGUAGGGAAGUACUAUUACCAGAAUAUUAACAGUAAGGUAAUUGGAUUGUGGUGAUUUUUGUUUUCUGCCUUCUGGAUCUUGAAAAUUUUCUAUAGUGAAUAUAUGUUACAUUUAAAUCAGGAAACAAGACUUAAAAAAAUAACUAAAGAAAUUCUAUUUCUUAAGCUGGGUAGGGGGCACACAGAUGUGCAUUUUAUUAUUAUUCUUUAUCAUUUACUUACAGGUUAUACAUACACUUUGUAUAAAAUAUUUAACAGUCCAAUUUUUUUCAAUUGAAGAACCUUUUGUUUAAAUAAAAUAUAAUCUGGAUGCUCUCUUAAUUAUUUUUUUUUAACGUUUAUUUAUUUUUGAGACAGAGAGAGACAGAGCAUGAACGGGGGAGGGUCACAGAGAGAGGGAGACACAGAAUCUAAAAAUGCUCUCUUAAUUAAAGCAAGGCGUUCCCUGGAGGUUAGCCUAACAUGUGAUCUAUCCUAGAAAAUGUUCCAUAUGUACUAGAGAAGAAUGUGUAUUCUGCUGCUGUUGUAUGGAAUGUUCUGUAUGCCAGUUAGGUCCAUUUGGUUCAAGUCCAAUGUUUCCUUGUUGAUUUUCUGUCAGGAUGAUCUAUCCACUGUUGGAUGUGGAGUACUGAAACCCUCUCCUAUUAUUGCAUUGUUGUCUAGUUCUCCCUUUAUAUCUCUUAGUAUUUGCUUAAUAUAUUUAGGUUCUCUGAUGUUGGGUGCAUAUAUAUUUAUGAUUGUUGUAUCUCCUUGAUGAAUGAACACUUUAUCAUUAUAGAAUGACCUUCUUUGUCUCUUAUUACCAUUUUUAGCAUAAAGUCUUUUUUUUUUCUGAUGUAAGUAUAGCCACCCCUGCUUUCUUUUGGUUUCCACUUGAAUGGAGUAUCUUUUUCCAUUCCUUCAUUUUUGAGCCUAGGUGUGUCCUUAAAAACUGAAGUGAAUCUCUUGUAGGCAGAAUUUGGUUGGGUCUUAUUUUUAGCUAUCCAGCCAGUCUGUACCUUUUGAUUGGAGAAUUCAAUCCAUUUAAUUUAGAAUAAUUAUUGAUAUGUAAGGACUUAAUAAUGCCAUCUUGUUUAUUGCUUUGUGGCUGUUUUGUAGAAUCAUUGUACUCUUUUUCCUCUUUUUUGGCCUAUCUUUAUGAAUUGGUGAUUUUCCAUGGUGGUAUGCUCUAAUUCCCUUCUAUUUAUAUUUUGUGAACUUACCAGAGUUUUUUGUUUGUUUGUUUGGUUGGUUGGUUGGUUGGUUUUGUUGUUACCAUGGCACAUUCAUAAAGCAUAUUAUAGAUUGAAAAGUCUAUUUGAAGCUGAUAGCAACUUAACUUUGACUACAUACAAAAGCUUUACCCUUUUACUCCCACCUUCUAUGUGUUUGAUGUCAUCUUUGCCUGUGUUUUUGAAUGUAUUUGUUAACAAAUUAUUGUAGUUAUAAUUUUUUAAUACCUUUUCUCUUUAACAUUUAUACCAGAGUAGUUAGCACACCAUCAUUUUAUAAAAUUACAGUUUUUUAAAUCUAACUGUAUGUUUAUCUUUACCAGUAUGUUGUAUAUUUUCAUAUGUUUUCAUGUUACUAGUGUCUUUUCAUUUCAACUUGAAGAACUCCUUUCAUCUUUUCUUGUAAGUCAGAUAUAGUGGUAAUGAACUGCCUCAGCUUUUCUUUGUCUGGAAAUGUCUUUGUUUCUCCCUUAUUUCUGAAAGACAGCUUUGCCAGAUAAAGUAUUUCUUCCAACAUUUUGAAUAUAUCAUUCCACUCUCUCCUGAUCUGUAGAGUUUGGGCUGAUAAAUUUACCAAUAGCUUAAUGCGGGUGCCAUUGUAGGUUGCAAUCUUUUUUUCUCGCACUGCCUUUAGGAAUUCUCUCUGUCCUUGACUUUUGACAGUUUUAUUAUAAUGUAUCUUGGGGAAGGUUAUUUUGCAUUGAGCUAAUGAUCUAUUAGCUUCAUAAAGUUGGGUGUCUAAGUCUCUCCUCAGGUUUGGGGAGUUCUCAGUGAUUGUUUCUUUAAAUAAGCUUUUGGCCUCCUUCUAUCUCUUUUCUCCUUAUGCAACUCCAAUUAUUCUGAUGUUUGUACUUCUGAUGAGGUCUCAUAGAUCAUGUGGUAUUUCUUUGCUCUUUUUCAUUCUUAUCUCUUUGCUCUUUUCUCAGAUUAUUUCAAAAUCUCUAUCUUGUACAUCAGUGAUUCUAUCUUCUGUUUGGUCUAUUCUGCUGUGAUGCUCUCCUAUUGCAUUUAAAAAUUUUAUUCACUGAAUUCUUCAGCUCCAGAAUUUCUAUUUGGCUCUUUUUUUAAAAAAUGAUUUCUGUCCCUUCUUUAUUUUAUUUUUUUUACGUUUUAUUUAUUUAUUUUGAGAGAGAGACAGAGAGUGCACAUGUGCACGCAAGCAGGGGAAGGACAGAGAGGAAGAGAGAGAGUGAAUCCCAAGCAGGCUCCAUGCUCAGUGCGGAGCUGAUGUGAGGCUUGAUCCUAUGACUGUGAGAUCAUGGCCUGAGCCAAAAUCAAGAGUUGAACCCUUAACUGACUGAACCACCCAGGCACCCCUGAUUUCUAUCCCCUCUUUAAAUUUCUUAUUUUGUCCAUGUAUUGUUUUCCCAAUUUUGUUCAAUUGUUUUUCUGUGCUUUCUUAUUUGAGACCUUAAAGCAGCUAUUUCAAACUCUUUAUCAAGUAGAUUGCAGAAUUUUGUGUCUUUGAGUUUGGUUACUAAAAGAUUACUGUUUUCUUUUGAUGAGGUCAUGUGUCCUUUAUUCUUCAUGUUCCUUGGAGAUUUGUGUAGCUGUUUUCUCAUUUUAGUAGCAAUCGCCUCUUCCAAUCUUUACUAAUUGGCCUCAGCUAGGAGAUAUUUUCAUUGGUUCUCUUAUGUCUGGGACUUUCUCCAACCUUGUAUGGAUACGCCCACUUCCUGCUUCUUGCUCCCUUUUGUGGCAGAAUUCUUAGGUUUGUAUGUCUAUCUUACAAUGCACUGGCUGUUGGAAACCUCUCUUCUUUUCCAGAAGGUGGCGUUAUAGCUCAAGUUUGUAGUUCCAUUUCCCAUAGGGCCAGGCCUGUUUUCUGAGUGCAUUCCUUCCUGGUCUACCAGAGGCUGCUCUUGCCACCCACUUGGGAGUUUGCCCAAAGAACUGGCUGCAGGGUGGGUGGGGAAGUAUAGGUUUAACACCUGGGGUCUUUAGGGUUCCCACAGUCCAGGCUGGGGGGUCCUUGAGUCAGGUUUUCUCAUCAGCUCAUAGGGGAGUUUCCUGUUUGCAGUCAGCAAGAACCACAUCCCUUUAAUGCCCUUUGAUAUUCUUAUCUGCCUCUUUCUUGGUUUCUUUCCUGGCCCCUGUCAUGGAGAACAUGCUUAAAUAGUCUGGUUGUUGCAGGAGGGAAAUGGGUUUUCCAAGCAGUGACCCACACAGCUGGAGAAGCCAGGCACUCACUCACCCCCACUCCUUUCCCCUCCGGAGAGGUCGCUGCAGGCUAGUUCAGCCCCACAUUCUGCUGCCUUGGGGGAGGGGUUGUGCUGGCAAAGUUCCUCUUAUCUUCUUUCAUGUGUCCAAAUUUGUAUUUUUUUUUUCUCUCCUGGAGUGCUGGAAUCUCUCCUUGGGAAGUCUGGACUUCUACAAAGGCUCUCUCAUUCAUGGGUAUCUGCCCACUAACACCCCUCAGAUGUUCCCCAAAUGCAAGUGGGGAGGGUGGGGGCUAGCUCAUUGGCUACUGCUGGUUCUGCAGUCCUUACCAAGGUCUGUCUGCCUACUACUCAUUGCACAAAUGGGCAACACUCUUCCUGGGUCUCUUGGUGUAUGGUACUAGAUUCCAUAACUUCCACAGAGACACUAUUGUUUGUGGACAGAUGCCAAUUUUUAGUUGUUAAAAGGGAGAGAGAUAAAAAGGAGGAAUGCCAUAUGCCGCCAUGAUGCUCUCAUUUUUUUUAAGUUUAUUUAUUCAUUUUUGAGAGUGGGAGAGAGCAUGUACACAGGGAAGGGGCAGAGAGAGAGAGAGAGGGAGAGAGGGAAUCCCAAGGAGGUUCUGCAUUGUCAUUGCAGAGCCUGAUGCAGGGCUCAAAUUCAUGAACCAACCGUGAGAUUAUGACCUGAGCCAAAAUCAAGAGUCGGAUACCCAAUAGACUGAGCCACCCAGGCGCCCUUCUCUGUCUAAUUUCUUUUUAUCACUGAAUGAUAUUCCUUUGUAUGAUGCACCACAGGUUGUUUAUCGAUUCACUUAUUGAAGGACAUUUGGAUUGCUUCCAAUUUAUGGCAAUUAUGAGUAAAACUGCUAUAGACAUUUGUGUUCAAAGUGCUCUUUUAGGGGCGCCUGGAUGGCUCAGUUGGUUAAACAUCCAACUUCGGCUCAGGUCAUGAUCUCACGGUCCGUGAGUUUGAGCCCCGCGUCGGGCUCUGUGCUGACAGCUCGGAGCCUGGAGCCUGCUUCCGAUUCUGUGUCUUCCUCUCUCUCUCUCUCUGCCCCUCCCCUGCUCACCCUCUGUCUCUGUCAAAAAUAAAAUAAAACAUCAAAAUAAAAAAAAAUUAAAAAAAAAAAAACAAACCAAAGUGCUCUUUUAACCCUUCAAGGAGACCCUACAACUAGCACUUGUGGUUUGUGACACACUGAUUUCUUCUCCAUGACCACAGUGCUCUUGGUGGUUUUUCAGGCUACAAGAACAGAAAAUUGCCAUACUAUUGUUUUUUAGCACUUGCUUGCCAAACACUUGCUUCUCAGUUUCUUCCAGAAAAAAAAAAAAAAGUCAGCUGAAUAAAAAAUGAUUGGGGUUGUGAGUGGAAGCCACAAUGAUGAGAGAUAUACAUGAAAUAAGAGAAUGUAGUCCUUUGUCUCUGCAGGGUAGGCCCAGAUGGAGUCUAACAUGACUGGCCUGUGUAGAGGGAAGAAGUGAGUCUUGUGGCCAGAAACAUGAACCUGUUUGUGUUGUGGUCACUUUCCUUUUCUCUCUUCCCAGUGCCUGGGGCAGAAGUGUUGAUGGAGAAUUGAGUAAAAAUGGUAUCAGGGAUAACAAUUGAAAUGACAAAGACUUUCAGGUUACUUCUGCAGCCAUUUAUAUGUGCUUAGUAGAACUGAUAAAAUCACCUGUGUUAUUCCAGAGAUGUUAAUUCCAACCACCCUCACUUGCAUAUAACAUUUUAUAAAGUUUUAUUUUGAAAUUUUAGAUAAUACAACACUUCAUAGUUUGCAAAGAACUGUCUACUCAUCAACUCAUUUAUUUCUCAUGACAACAAUACAUGAGAAAGCUGAGGCUCAGAGUUUAUUUACCUGCCCAAGGUCAUUUAGCAAGUGAAUGGCAGAGCUGAGAGUAGAACACAAGGGUUUUGACUCCCAAUCCAGUGCUCUUCCCAACUGCUUGAGUUCAGGGACAAUUGAGGAAAGUGGAAAGACCAGUGGAUGCGAAUGGGGUGGUGAGGACAGCAUUAGGGGGGCAUGCACAGAGAAAGGUGCUCAGGUGGUGGUGGCAGGUGGUAGACAGGGAUAGGCAAGAGUCUCUUGUUUUUAGGCUGAGCUUGGUGGGUUGUCUCAGUUCAGUGGAUAUCACCAUGCUUCAUGGCAGAACUUAGCUUUGAUGGAAGAGAAUUCGAUUUUGUUUUGUUUUUCUUUCUUUCUUUUUAAUAAUUUUAUUUCAUUUUUAAAAAGAUUUUGUUUGUUUAUUUAUUUAUUUAAUUUUUAAAGUAGGUUUCACAACCAGCAUAGAGCCCAGAGCACGGCUUGAACUCAAAACCCUGAGAUCAACACCUGAGCUGAGAUCUGGGCCACCCAGGCACCCCUUAUCUGAUUUUUUAAAGUAGGUUCCACAGCCCAGCAUGGGGAUUGAACUCAUGACCAUGAGAUCAAGAGUCACGUGCUCUACGGACUGAGACAGCCCAAUGUGCCCCUCAAUUUUGUUUUUUCAUUUCAGCAAACAUUUGCUCACCUAAGUCCUCGGUCAUGUACUAGAGAAAAGGGGAUAAGACUCACUGUCACAAGGAGAAGAGUUGAUUAAUGGCAGUGAUGAGAGUAUUUCACUUCAUCCACAACCUCCAAGAGACUGAUUUAUAAGCCAGGUUUCCAAUUUAUUUAUUUGCGAUGGGAAAUAUUUGUGACAUGAUAACUGGUGAUCUUUACUUACCAAGUGGAAGGUCUGUUCAGGAGACCAAAUGAUCAUUCUGAACAUUGCUUGAAGAUAGAAUUAGUAACCAGGAAUGGUAGUCAAAAGUCACCUGUGUCAAGCUGAUUCGGUUUGCUUUUGUUUCUUUAAUGGUGUGCUAUGUUUGUCUCAGUAAUAGGCUUGUCACUAACAUGUGGUUACUCCCAACCAUUUUUUUCUGGAUUCGUUUAUGGCUAUUAGAUAUGAUUGUCCUGUCACAUCCAACCUUGUGACCUAGAGACAGUGCCUGGGGCUGACACGGAUGUGGAUUCUGGAAUCUGGUGAUCAACAUUUGAAUCCCAACCCCGUCACUCACUGUGACUCAUGCAAACACUUAACCUGCUUCUUCUGUAACUGAGGCUGAGAUUAUUUCUGGAGAAAUUCCCUGCGGCUCUUGGCCACAGCCACAUGCCGAGAUGAGAUUGAAGAUCACCCCAGCCUGGACUAUGAUGGUAACUAGUCAGAAAUGCAUGUUAAUAGAUAGACAACAGAUAAAAUAUGGGAUCUGGAAUGAGGGAAAAGUCCGCAACCGUCAAGAGGAAUGAUCUUCAACUUCCGGGAGGAAGCUCAGAAUUUUGAUGUUUAGCUGAAAAAGCCACUGAAUAUGAGGCUGACAAAUUCAAAAUUCAUGUAAAAUAAAUAUUCAAGAAAGCGUGUUUGUAUGAGUGAAAGGGAGGGGAUGUAGGGUCACAGGAGAAGACAAAAAGCAAAGUAAAAAUAAAAUAAAAGCCAAAGCCAGAGCCACAAACUGAUAUUUGUGAUUGAUUUCAGUUCUAUGUGCCAAGAUCCAGUGCAGAAAGUAACGGGAAGUGGGGCAGUGCCAUAGGGCAGAGGUAAGGACAUAAAGCAGAUGUGAGAUAGUGUGGAAACCUCAGGACAGGCCUCCUGCAAAUAAAUGCUGCAAAUAAAUGCCCAUUCCGGCUCUUGCUUCUUUAUCUUUCUGAUAAUUAUGCUCGCUUUCACUUAACUACUUCCUGGUGGCAUAUCAGGUGGUAACUGAACUUCACAGAUCAUGGUGUUGGGGCAAUGAGCUGUGGGCCUCACUGCUUUGGUAUAGAUUUCUAUGGCCGUUAGUUUUACAAAGUAGGAGUUCAUAGGACAGAACUUUACAGCAGUGAUAUAAGACUUUAUAGAUGAGGACACAGAGCCUGAAUUUUUUAUUUUGUCAUUCUAGUGGCUGUGAAGUAGCAUGCCUUGUGGGGGUUUUUUUGGGGGGGACAUUUAAAAUUUUUAUUUAACUUAAUAUAUAUUUUUUUAGUGUUUAUUUAUUUUUGAGAGAGACAGAGCAUGAGCGGGGGAGGGGCAAAGAGAGAGGGAGACACAGAAUCUGAAACAGGCUCCAGGUUCUGAGCUGUCAGCAUAGAGCCUGACCUGGGGCUCAAAUUCACGGACUGUGAGAUCAUGACCUGAGCAGAAGUCGGAUGCCCAACUGACUGAGCCAUCGAAGCGCCCCACUUAACUUAAUAUUAAUAUCUGAUCUGCCAAUACCCUAUUUAUGUUCCUACCUUGUCUGUGAAAUAAAUUCAUAAAGUCAUUGAAGUUAGUGAUAGCACUAAGUCUCUAGUAGCUGGGUGGAGAGACAGGAGGAGUGGGUCUGUACGUAUGUAUGACCAAAUCAUUUUUCUGAAGAUUAUAAUGUUUCAAACAGAGGUAAUCUCUUAAGCACCAAAGUGUCCAUUUCCGUGGCAUUAAGUAUAUUCACAUUUUUGUAUAGCAAUCAACAACAUUCCUGUUGUGGCUUUAAAUCGAAUUUCUCUGAUGACUAAUGAAGCUGCACAUGCUUUGCAUAUGCUCAUUAGCUACUCAUAGAUCUUCCUUGGUGAAGUGUCAGUUCCAAUCUGUGGCCUAUUUUAAAAAACUGAGUUGCUCACCUUUGUUAUCAGUGAUUUAUACAAGUUCUUUAUAUAUUCUAGAUGUUCAAUGUCUAUAGUCCAUGGCAAGACACAUGUUUUGCAUAUAUUUUCCCCCUGCCUCUUCAUUUUUUAAGUGAUGUCACUUAAUGAACAGGAAACUUCCAUUUGGAUGAAAUCCAAUCUGUAAUUUAUGGGGGUGCUUUUUGUGUCCUAAGAAAGUAAUUGCCUACUUCAAGGCUGCAAAGAUAUUCUCUUUUAUGCUUUUUUCUGAAAGCCUUAUGGAUCUGGCUUCUAUGUUUGGGUCUGUGGUCCUUUUAAAAUUAAUUAAUGAAUUCUAAUUAAUCAUGUGUAUGGAGUGAGUAGAGGUCAAGGUUCAUUUUUUUCCCACAUGGAUAUUUACUUGUUCCAACACUUUUUCCUUUUGCAUGGAAUUGCCCUGGUGUCUUGAUGGAAAAUCAAUUGACUGGGGGCGCCUGGGUGGCUCAGUCAGUUAAGCGUCUGACUUCGGCUCAGGUCAUGAUCUCACGGUUCAUGAGUUGGAGCCCUGUGUCAGGCUUUGUGCUGACAGCUCUGAGCCUGGAGCCUGCUUCAGAUUCUGUGUCUCCCUCUCUCUCUAUCCCUCCCCUGCUUGUGCUCUCUCUCUCUCUCUCUUAAAAGUAAAUAAAUGUUAAAAAAAAUUUUUUUUAAGUAAAAAGAAAAUCAAUUGACCGUGUACAUGUGAAGUUUGUUUUCGGAGUCUCUAUACAGUUCCAUGGAUCUAUUAGUAUGACCUUGCCCAGAAAUUUAGGAUGACAACAGACAAUUAAAUCUGCAACCUCCUAACCAAUAAGCAGAGAAAGCCCUGAGCUGCUUUCGUGGCUGCAUCUCAUCAUUGUUUAUAUCCCCCAAUUUCCCCGGGGCACUCCCUCUAUGCCCUCUCGCUCCCCUGAUAUGAGCUCACUCAAAAACUACUAUAGAAUCUAGGAAUCGAAACUGCAGGCCAGAUUUAGAAGCAAUUGUGCAAUGUUGGGCAGUUCCUAAGUUACUGCUUGUGUGGUUCUUCAUGAUUUGUGGAUAAGAAGCUUGUUUUUUGUCUUUCUCUUACUGACUAGUGUGGACCGUGCAUGUGAAUGUAGGUGGGCAUGUGCAGAAGUUCUUUGUAUUUGACUCAUGGUGGUCUUGGGCAACUUGGAUUUCUCUCAUGGUAGAUGACCUCCCCAGUGAGAGCAUUCCAGGAGACCAGGUGGACACUGCAAGGAUUCUUACGAUUCCUCCUUGAGAUUUCCAGAACAUCACUUUUGCUGCAUUCUAUUGGUCAAUCAAACCACCUUGAAUAAAGACCAGCUUCUUCCUCUUGAUUUUGAGAUACAUGAAACUCAAGUACAACUCCCACCCAUGAUGAGGUCCAGUUUUGACUUCGGUCUUGUGCUACAGGGCUUCUCUCUUAUUGAGUUGUGGAGAAAGGCAUAUCCGAGAGAGCAGGCAAGAACUUCCCACGCCCAAGGUGUAACCCAGCCAACAUGAGUCGCUCCGUGGGGAGUCAGAAGCUGCACCAGGUUGAGUUGUUGCCCAAAGAAAAUGUUUAUUUGCAGCAAAUAAGGAGAUCACUGCGAAUAAGAGAGGGUGAAUAGGUUCCUUAAGUUCAGGGUUAGGAUUACUAGAUAAGAAAGACUUGUCAUUUGGUAGAGGGCAUGCACCUUAAGGAAACACGCCUUUACAUACGUAUAUUUAUGUAAAUGAGGCUGAGGUUCCUCCCUGGGUGGAGAUUUUAGUAUUAUAAUGAGAUAAAGGUAAUGGGAGGUCAUUCAGGAGGUCACUCUGAGCACGGUCCAUCAUGAGUGGGGGGGUGGUAUUAGCUCAAAAGGUCUGGGUGUUCUGGGCCUGUGGGAGGCAGGUCUUGUGAGGGCAGUCAUUGUCGCCAUCACCUGAGGGGUGGUUUUGGGUUUCCUUUGCCUGAGUUAAGAGGAAAGCCAGAAAGAAGAGCUUAAGGAAAAAGACAAGACAAAGGUUAGUGAGUACAAGCAGGUGGGAAGUAAAGGUCAGGUCUUGGGGUCUAGCUGGUGACAAAGGGUCUCCAAGGCUGGCUCCUUCUCCCUUGAGAAGACUUGUGUUUCUCUUACCGGAAACAGGUGACCUCGGCCUUCCCUGCUUGUGAGCAGUGGCUACAUUUCGAGUCUCUUCAACUCAUCAGAAGGAAACAUCUCCACUUGGCACUGCUGACAGCUGAUUUUCCAAGUGUCCCGUCACUCAACCUCCUGACUUGACAGAAGUGCCACAUUUGCUGUGGCAUAGCUCACUUCUCCUUUGUAGGGCUUCAAAUUAGGAAGUGUCUAGGAGAAGAACAAGGAAGUAAAUGAGAGAGAAACACAAAGGAAACUUGAACAAGUAGAAGGUGGAUGCCCUAGGCUCUGUCACAAACACCUGGAUUCCAGCUGGGACUUGGAUUUGCUGGGGACACUAGCCAGAGAGACGGGACCAUGUGGCUGUCCCCAGCUCUGCUCCUUCUCUGCCUCUCAGCUCCUGGCUCAGCUCCUUCCUGCUUGUCCCUACUUUCUCCCACCCACCACACACUGAGGUUAUAAACACCGUUUGGAAAUGUGUGACCACUUUACAUUUUUAUAGAGGGCACCCCAAAGAGUUGUAUGGCUAGCCUGAGAGAGGAAGGGGAGAAAGUUGUAAAGAAAGAUGGUGAGGCUCCGGGUACUGUGAUGGGGGGUCAAUGGGAAGGAGUCAGCUCAUGCCCCAAACCUCUGUCGAGAAGCCUAAUAGGGUCUCCUUGGGACUGAGCCCUUCUCAGCAAUGCGUCACUCCUCCCUCAAGUGUAGUCUGGAUGAGAGCCAGGGGUUUACUUUUCCUCUCUUGAGAACAUGUGGAGAGCAGAGUAAACAAGAA